AUGUUACAAGUGCUGCUAGACGUACUUACCAGCCAGGCCAUGCUCUAUUAUGGCACACUGGUGGCAAUCCAGCUCACUGUAUUGACAACUUGCAGCUGCAAUCCAAAGAGUCCCUUUUCCAGGCGCUCUGCGAUUUUCAAGACAGUCUGGAACAUCAGAAUGUUCCGAAACAAAGCGAGCCAUGCAACUCCUACAGCGACUCUGUUAUUGGCCCACGGCACGGAAGCUGAUGAGCAAAUCAGACGUCCACGCCAGCCGCGCCACAAAGUCACGCUGUGGAUAUCGCUGCCAGAUCAGCCCGCCUUCUUCGUACUCUCCGUCAUCCUGCGGCACCUCGGUACAACGUCGGCGACGAGCAUCCGGGACGGGGCUGUAGUGCAGCAGCAAAACGGCCGCCCAGAUUAUCGUCCAGCUUUGGAGCAGGCCAGUCAUGAAUGCGAGAGACGGAUGGGGAAUCUCUGCCGUCGCGAUGGUGCUUGCUGCGGCAGCGGCCGUGCAAAGAGUGGUUAG